CGUAACAUGGGUCUCGUAGGACUGAUUUUGAUGCUUUUGGACCCAUUUAAAAUUAUAAGAAACUAUGUGUUCAAGCCGAUCGCCGUGUUUGGGUUGGCUGCUGCCGAAGAGUACAAAGCGCGCAAGGAAAAAAGUGUAAAUACUACGAAAAAUGUGUUCCUCAAGCUGUUUAUUGUGGUGUUGGUUGGAUUUUCGGUAGUGUGGGCUUCGAUAUUUUUGUACCUGUAUUUCUACUACUCGUACAUGCCUUCCGUUUUACAUUUGAAGGAUGUACAUCUGAACAUAAGAGACUGCCACGACAAGACCCACGACUGCAAACCGUACCCGUCUGCAAACGUGGCCCUGACAAAUCAUCAACGGUUCCUUAUGGUUGGCCAGCCGUACAAGAUUAUCCUGAACCUGGAAAUGCCAGAAUCAGAACACAAUGGUAAAAUAGGAAUGUUCACCGUCUGUGCCACGGUAAAGGAUUAUGGAAAUAUGGAAAUAGCAAAGUCCUGCCGAAUGUCUAUGCUGCAUUACAAAUCGGACCUGUUGAAAACAAUUCUUACGGUCGUCUUUGCACCGCUACUAAUAUUUGGUUAUCGAGAGGAGAAGCAGCUAGUUACGGUGGAACUGUUUUCCAACUUUCUCGACGAUUCGAACCAUCCGGCUACAAACAUUGAUAUCAUGAUAGAGUGCCGGGACAUUCAGCUGUACUCGGCACAGCUACAGGUAGUAGCUAACUUUACCGGGUUACGCUAUUUAAUGUUUAACUGGCCUGUCCUGUCGGCGAUUAUCGGAAUUACCACCAACCUGUUUUUCAUACUAAUUGUUUGCGUGCUGAGCUGGUACCAUUGGGACGAUACGGAAUGGAUAUCUGAUAUACGGGAUCGGUAUCAGCAAAUUGUGCAGGGUGUUUCAAAGGUGGCUGCAGUCGAGCAAACGAAAGCACUUAAACCGUUAAAGGAAACGGAAACAUCAACAAAAGAUUGGCUUAUAGAUGAGGAAUAGUG